UCGUGGUUGUGAAAUUCCUUUUUUCCAAUGAAACAUAAUUAUAGACAAUGGCACCGAGGCUGUGAAUUUUUCAGUGAUUCUAAACUCAAAUUCAAUACUCCCCCUCCCCCUUCUACUAUAUAUAAGAUCCUGAUGUUCAAUUGUUUUUCACUCACUCUUGCUUUGUUCCUAUCUUAUUUCCUUGCUCUGAAGGAGAUUCAUUAACCAUGGCAAUCAAAGUUGAUGAUGUCUCAGAUGUGAAUAAUUCAAAGGAUACUUGGAACAUCGUUACAAAGGUGGUUCGUUUGUGGGUUAGUCCCAGCUUCAGUGGAGGGAAAUUGCCAUUCUCAAUGGAGUUGGUGUUGAUGGAUUCAAAGGGUUGUCAGAUUCAUGCUUCAGUGAGGAAAACUUUGGUCUAUAGGUUCCACCCCCUGUUGACUGAAGAUAUCAUUGGUAUCCUUACUGGAUCAAGCGGUGAGCAAGAGUAUGAGAAGGAUGGGAAAAUUCAAAAGAGAGUUACCAUCGAGCUUUUUCAAGAUGGGGUUCGUCUUGAAUGUGCCUUCUUUGGUAACUAUGUUGGACAGAUUCUUGGGCAAUUGGCUGCUGGUGACAUGACAAAUGCAGUAGUUGUUGUUCAAUAUGCUAAAAUUAAACCAUUCAGAGGAGGCCAAGUGUUCAGAAUGUGUAUGGUGCUACUAAGAUUUUAUUUAAUCCAGAUGUUCAGGAGGCAGAACCACUCCGUGCAAGGUUUUUCGAACUGAAUGAUCCUGCGACUCAAGUUCUUAGCCAGCUUGAGAUUUCAGCAAGGGUUUCCAUCACUGAUUUCAAGACUUUUUGAAUCUACAAAUAUACAUAAUCUGUCCAACUAUCUUUUUUUAUUCUAUAGUUUUUCUUAUAAGUCAGCAAGUUUUUUUCUAUAUCUUUUAAUUUCAAUAAUUUGAUUAGUUCAUCUGGGUAGUUAUCCAUUUCAAUUUUUUUUUCUACGUGUCCAUUUCAAAUUAAAUAUCAAUCUUUAUAUAUUUUUUAAUUAAGGAAAAAAUAUACAGGUCCUUAACCAAAUAUAUUUUAGGUUGUUUAAUGUGUGUAUUGACAUCCUUUGUAAUUUCUAUUUUUUAAAACCAUUAAUUUUCUAAAUCAGUACAAAAAAUAAAGAUUUAGUCUUAUAUAUUAUUAUUAUGUUGAUAUAACAGAAACAAGGAGCUGGAACAGAAACAAUGGGUAAUCGGUUACUGUGCUAUCAGCAACAAGGAGUAACCGAUCACCACAGAUAGACUUAUAUAUUAUAUUUAUUGAUGAUUGUAAAUUUAUUUAAUAUUUUAAUAUAUUUUAUUAUAUCUCUUAUAAAGCCAAUAUAGACCCACUUAGGAAUUCAGUGCUUUGAUAAAUAAAAAGGAUCAAUAAGAAUGAUACGGUCAAUUCUAAUUUCAAAUUAGAAUACUAGCUAUUAAAGGGGAUUGAUUGGGAAUCUUACUAGAAAUAUUUUAUUUUUAAAUAUUAAUUAGUAGAUAUCAGUAUAUAAUAGUACACUGUAUUGGAAAAUGAAACAACACAAACUGAUUGGUCCUGUGUUUUAAUUAUCUGGAAGAUUAGGGGUUUUCUCUACUUUUUUCAGUCUUUACAUAUGUGUUGCUGUUUGGAUUAUCCACACCCUAACAUCCAAUGAAGAAUAUGGGGUUCCUUGGAGUUAUGUGGGCCUUUUCAUUUCCCUUAUAAAGAAACACUCUCUUUAUUUUGGGUUCCCUAUGUGCCUUGCGGUGUAAUUUUUUCAUUUUGUUCAAUAAAUAGAAACGUUUUUUUCAAUAAAUACACACGGACAGCUCUAUGUUGCACUUUCAAGAGUAAAAUCCAGAAAAGGAUUAAAAAUUCUUAUCAUUGACAAUAAAGGAGUUGUUUCAAAUUGUACUCGGAACUUUAUAUACCAAGAAGUUUUCGACAACCUAUGAAUGCUAUAUUCUAAUAUGAAGAUUCAGGAGGAACAAAUGAGUACUCAAAUUGGAUGAGUGCAGAUGUGUGUUUCCACUUUCAUAUAAUGUAUAUUCAAGAUGAUGGGGGCUAAGUAAUUGACAUUCAAGAUCAAGAGCUACUGAUAGCACAACAACUUUUAUGUAAUGUAAUCUCUUGAUUAGGUGUAUUUUGAUGAACAUGUUGUGUUUUGUAAAUUUUAACUGCACAAUUUGUUGGCAAAGCAGCAGUUUCAAUAUUUUUCACUUUAAAAACAUGCCAGCAAUGUUGAUCGGUUCUUAUCUUUUGUUUCCUGGCAGAAUGUAGUUUGGAAUGAUUUGUUAAAUAUUAAUUCUGUUUGCCAAAAAAAAAUUGUAAUUUUGUAAGGGUAUUUGCUAUGUUCAUUUGGAGGUGGAAUCUACUGCUGUUUCCUAUGAUGCAGGAAUUAUAACUAUUUGGGCGUGAUAUUGUUCAUUUAAUCAAAACACAUUUACUUCGUGAGGUGGAGUUUAUCAAUUUUUUUUUCCCAAUCUUCAUUCUUCUUAUCAUUUAAAUUGCAUAAUCAUAUUCAGAUUUUUUUUUUCCAUUCCUCAUUCUUUUUACUUACAUGUUCGCAAUAAGAUAAAUGUUCGCCGUGCAACGCACGGGAAAAAAACUCUAGUACAUUUACAAACAUAAAUACAAAACACAAACUAACAACCAAAACACAAUCAACUUCCUAGUUAAUUUAAAUAAGCUAUCUUCCCUUCAUAUAGAAAUUAAACAGAUCCUCCUGCAAAGAUCCUAAAACUUUGUUCAUGAUGAUGUAAGUUAGCAAAAACAAAGGAUCUCCAAACAAAAAUCAUUCAAGAUGAUCUAAUGAGAGAAACUGCAAUGGGUAAUCAUAGUAGAAGCUGAUAAUACUUCCUACUUACCUAGAGUAUGUAUCAAUUCUUAUUGUUUAGCCCAUCUCCACAUCAC